ACAUUUUAAAUAUCUCCUCUCUCUUCAGCUUCGUCUUCUUCUUCUCUUUCUCUGUCCACUGAAACUGAAUUAUUUUUCUUUUCUUAGUUGAAUCAAAUCGUUACGUCGUCGUUUUGUUUUGAGAUGGAGAGAGAUUUUCUCGGUUUGGGCUCUAAGAAUUCUCCGCUUACUGUGAAAGAAGAGGCCUGUGACGGCGCUAAGGAGUCAGUAGCAUCAGUGAAGAGUUCAGGGAUGCAUUUGUCUUUCUCAAACAAGGUUUCUGCCGUUCCUCAGUUUCUGUCUUUCAAGGCUCCUCAAGAAGACAGGUCAAGAAAAAUGGCUCAUGAUUCUCUAGUCUCAUCUGGAUUUAUGUCUGUAUCUACUGCUGACGCUUUUGAUUGCAACCAGAAACCUUAUUCUGGCACAGUCCAGAAAAAUACAAUUCUUGAUAAGCAAGGGGGAAACCACUAUGUGAUGUUUGAUGCAAACCAGGUUCAAAGGCCUCAGGAAAUGAGGAUGUUCCCAAUCUCCAGCAUACCCAACCAAACAAUUGCUGUUUCUAUGACCACUCCAGUUCUUCACUCCCACCUUAACUCCACUGGACAGAGUGUGGCUGGUAAUACCGUUAACCCGAAACCUCUUGGAGGAGUUUCAAUUGUAUCCCCUGUUUCUGUUCUUCCCCCCACAAGUUCCAUCAUUGGUACCACUAAUCUUAGGAAUGCUUCCAAACCUAAUGGGGCACCUGCUCAGUUGACCAUCUUCUAUAAUGGUUCUGUGUGCGUCUAUGAUGAUGUGUCACCUCAGAAGGCUCAGGCUAUCAUGUUAUUGGCUGGAAACGGGUCCUCUCUGACUAAUAAUAAGACACUUCCUGCUGCACAGAUGCAAACAUCUAUCCUGGGUCCAUCUGUAGGUGAUGGUUAUAUUGGGAAAAAUUCCCAUAUUACAUCACCCUGCCCAGGCCUUCCAGGCACUAUUUCUAUGACCUCCCAUGUUGCCUCUGAGUCAGGUGGAGGACCUAGUUACACUAAAGAAAUAACAAUGGUGAAACCAAUAUCAGUUCUGGCUUCUAAUAACCAACCGGAGCCUGCCAAAGCAAUUAGCUCAGUGGGAUCUGCAGCUUCAUCUCUCAUUCAAACUGUGGCUGUGCCUCAGGCUCGUAAAGCAUCCUUGGCACGAUUUUUGGAGAAGCGCAAAGAAAGGGUGUUGAGCACCUCGCCAUAUAAUAAUGUCAACAGGAAAUCUCCAGACUGCAAUAGCCCUGGAUCUGAGGGUUUAAGUUUGUCAGUCAAUUCUUGUGGCUCUUGUCUUCUUCCGCCCAUCAAUUAGCAGUAAAAGAACCAACCCGGUGCAUGACAUGGGAGACCAAAAUCGAACACCAAAUGUAAGGAGAAGAAGCCUCAAAAUUAUUUUUGCUCGACUAUAAGCUCAAUUCUUUCUACUUCAUUAAAUUUUUAGUUCCAUAGGUACAUGGUAUAUUUUUGUUUGUUCGUUUUUUAUUGUGCUCGGAGUUGUUUCUUCCGACAACAUUAUGAAACCCUUACCAUAAUAUGCUGUAAAAGUACUUCAAACACAUUAGAAUUAUAUUUUCAUUUUCACAGUCUCCCUGUAUUUAAUUUUUGUAGGCCCUUUGACAGUCAAAUAAAACCGGUUGUAGAAAUGCCAUUUGAUACAUACUUUUGUUGAUGCUGUUUUGUAUCAAAUGUUGUAUGUAAUGAGCUUUCUGUGAACAAUUUCUUUUACAAUAAUAAGCAAUGAAACAAAGGUGGCAAAAGCUCUCUCUCCU